CCACCGCUCUGUUCUGUCUUCAUUCCAACCAGGAUGAGCUACGGAUCUGAAGUCUUCUCCUCUUCUUCCUACCGAAGGAUCUUCGGGGAAUCUCCCCGCUAUGCUUCCACUCCGUCGCGGACGGCCAUGUCCUCCCGGGGGGGUUACCGGUCGUCCUCGGCAUCCCGUAGCAACGUCGCAUCCCUGGGUUCAUACAGCAGGAAGCCGGGGCGCUCCUUCUCGUCCAUGCCUGUGGAGACCUUCGACCUGACGCAGAGCAGCGUCCUCAACAACGAGUUCAAAAUCAUUCGCACCAAUGAAAAGGAGCAAAUGCAAGGUCUCAACGACCGCUUCGCCAUGUUCAUCGAGAAAGUGCGCAACUUGGAGCAGCAUAACAAAGUCCUGGAGACCGAGCUGGUCGCGUUGCGUCAGAGGCAGGCGGAACCGUCCCGCCUGGCCGAGCUGUACCAGCAGGAGAUCCGCGAACUGCGCUCCCAGCUGGACGAGCUCAACGGGGAGAAGUCCCAGCUCCUCAUCGAGAGAGACAGCAUCGAAGACGACCUCCAGAAGCUCAGGGGUAAAUAUGAGGACGAGUUCCGCGCCCGGGAGGAAGCGGAGGCAGCCCUCAAAGCCUUUAAGAAAGAUGUGGAUGACGCCACCAUGGUGCGCCUGGACCUGGAAAAGAAGGUGGAAUCGCUCCUGGAUGAAAUCAACUUCUUGAGGAAGGUGCACGACGAGGAGGUGGCCGAGCUCACAGAUAUGAUCCAGGCUGCUCAGGUGUCCGUGGAGAUGGAGGUCUCCAAGCCGGACCUGACCUCUGCUCUCAAGGAGAUUCGAGGCCAGUACGAAUCCAUGGCAUCCAAGAACCUGCAGUCCGCCGAGGAGUGGUACAAGACCAAGUUCGCUGACCUCUCCGAGCAGGCCACCCGCAGCAACGAUGCCAUCCGCGCCAGCAGGGAGGAACUGAGUGAGUUCAGGAGGCAACUGCAGUCCAGAACCAUUGAGAUCGAGAGCCUCAGAGGCACUAAUGAAUCCCUGGAAAAGCAGCUCAGGGAAAUGGAGGACAGGCACAAUGUCGAGAUUGGAAGCUACCAGGACAACAUGGCUGAAUUGGAGAACGACCUGAGAGCUACUAAGAGCGAGAUGGCCCGUCAUUUGAGGGAGUACCAAGACCUGCUGAAUGUCAAGAUGGCGCUUGACAUUGAGAUUGCAGCAUAUAGGAAGCUGCUGGAGGGUGAGGAGACCCGCAUAGGGACAGGGAUCACCUACUCCAGCCCAUCCAUUACUUCAGGUGGCGGGCAGAGUUAUAACUACCAGACCCGCAUCUACACCAGUUCCGGUAAGAGUGGCAAGAGGGAAGGCAAGGAUGAGAGCCAGUCGCAGAGCAAGCCGGGAGCCAAGGCCACCCAUGAGGUCUACGAGGAGACGGUGGUCACCACCAAGAAGGUGGAGAAGCAGCAAGACGCCAGUGAUACCUCCACUAAUCAGAAAAACUAAGCCUGUUUUUGAAUCAUGCAAUUCCCCUCCUUUAUUUAUUUCAACCAAACCCAGGCUCUUUACACUCAUACACCACCAUAGGAACCUGAUAGUUUGCCUUCUCAUGAACAUCUUAUAAUGAUGUGUUUGAUUCCCACAUAUUAGCACAAGGAAAUAUGUAGAUUAUUUUUUAAUGUAGCUCUUAUUUUCUUUUAAAAUAACAACUGGAAUGGAUCGUAACUCCACUAUACCAGUCACUUUAUUCAAUACAACUUUAUUCAAAACUUUCUUUGUUUUUCCAUUCACACAUCCAAGAGAACAAGCACUUAGCCAGAAUAGGUUAGACCUGGUCUUAUCAAGUACAGUAGUCAGUUUAAGAGUAGAUCACAACCGGUUUAAGCACCACUACCCACAAUUCCAGGAAAGGCAUGUGUGCGACCACUAUGCAUAUAGGUCAAAUAUUUGAAAUAAACUGUAAACUCAAAUGAUCACAAAGAUAAUACAGUAAACCUCGGAUAUAUCGGAUUCAAUUGUUGUUCACUGGUUUUGUCCGAUAUAAGCGAAAUCCGUUAUAUGCGUAUACCGGAAAAUGUCUGUUUUACGCAUAUAUCGGAUUUAUAUCCGGUAUAUGCAUAAAUGGGAUUUUAUCCGUUAUAAAAAGGCACUUCCUUGACUAUGUUUCCAAUGUACCUGGACGUGCAGGCAACGCUGCAAACGCUGCAAAUGACGUCGUAUAGCGGCCUGUCACGAUUCGGCGAAUCGGAGCGCCACGAUGCGGCCAUCCGAUAUAUGCCAGGGAAAUUUAAUGGAAAUGCAUUGGAACGGGACUGGAGAUUUUGAACGAAAUAAGCGAAAUCCGUUAUAAAAAAUCCGAUAUAUGCAAUGAAUUUUUAUUGGAAAUGCAUUACAGAAAAAUCGGUUCUUUUUUUAUCUGUCCGUUGUGAGCGAAUUCCCGAUAUAUCCGAGGUUUACUGUACUAGAUGUGAUGCAAUACUUCAGUUCGGUAAGGGAGCGCCCUAUAGUUGGCUCAGUAAAGCCAUCGACUAUAAUCGUGGCUUGAUGAUGAUGUCGUCGGUUAACUCGCUCUUCGCACACAUGUCCAAAUCCAUUUUUUGGUGCAUCAAUUUACAUGCAUGAGUGACCUUCCUGAAUGACAAUAAUAGUAGUUAUUUAAAUGAGCUAAAGUAUUAAUCAGGCUUAAUUUGCAUGGUAUAUGUAGAUGUCAUGCUUAAUGCGUAAUGCAAAACACUCAUCGAUGACUCCUUUCGGCUAAAAUGUGACUUAGGCUACAGAUGUUAAGUAAUGAAGAUAAGGAUGAAAAAGAUGAGUUUGAGAAGAAGAACGACGCGCAAGAGGCUGUAUUGUAAAUGCGUACGACGAGAUGUGUAUCCAUUUUUUUUUUCCCCACCGUUCACGAUGACGCUUAAAUGCCCAUUUGUAACCCACAAUGCAUAUCACCAAGCCGAAAGACCAAACAGCAGAAAUGCAGCCCGAAGUCACCGUCUUUUCAACGUAACUGCUCUCUUUGGGAAACUUUGGCCAUGACUGGAAAAAAAAAUGUCUGUUGUAGUUUGACCUCACCGGUACAAUAAUGGACUUGUAGCUUCUUCUUCUUCUGCUGCUGCUGCUUGCUCACUGCCAGCUUCAACACAGUAACCGACCACGCCCUGACAAGCUGCACUCACACAUCAAAUGAACAAAAAAAAAAGAAACACACAAAAAAAAAAACGCGUAAUAGUAUGACAGAAUACGGAACGGCUUGUUUUAAUUGUGGCUUAGCGAUUUAAUCGGCAUCUCAGUACUGUAGUCAGCGUGUAUUUGUUUUCUCGACGCAGUGGCCUAUCCUAACAAAAUAUUAGGUCUAUAGUACAUGCAAAUGUAUGUACAUUAUAUUGCAUUCAAGAGUAAUAAUGGUUCACGGUGACUUUAAUAAUCACACUGUAAACCAAAUACAUUUAACAAUCCCACCACCGCAACACUGCCAAAAAUAAAAGCACGCGGAUCAUAGCAUCACAAUACAAACAGUGUGUCAAAAUGUCCAAUGCAAGGAUCAAUAUUUUGCCAUAGACUAAAUACUGUAGGAUAUAAAAAUGCCUUAAAACACCAGCAGCUUUGUAUCUGGCCAUGUGUGUGACGUGAAUGAUUCUGUUCAGUGGAGUGUUUAAUCACUAGCGUAUUAUUUGCAUUUAUGAUAGACUUUAGGGAUUGAAUGUAGUUGGUAUGCUAUUCUCUUUACUGUUUCAACUUGCUACGUGUUGCUGUGAGACACCAUAUCAAUAAAGACUUGGCAUUACUGA